CUUUACACAAUUACAAGAUCACCCACCGUUGUGGAUGUGCUCGUUAGCAAGUGGCCAUUCAACCGUACUUAUGUUUUAAAUAAAAAAAACUAAUACUCCCGUAUGUUUCUGCAUGAGGUGCCAGUGGUACUGCAAAUUCCCUAUAAAUAACCAAAUACUAAAAAACGUAAAUCUGAAAUGGCCCUCGUUAGCUGCGGCUUCUGUAAUUUUCUGGCCGCAGUAACAACACUGACGAUCAUCAUAAUCACAUACUAUAAAUGGAGCUUCCAGUACUGGCGACGCCGAAACAUACCCUAUUUAAAGCCUAAAAUUCCCUGGGGAACAUCAUCCAAUCCACUGAAACCAAAAGAAUUCAUCGGUUUGCGUCUGAAGCGUCAAUAUGAUGCAAUGAAAGCCAGAGGGUGGAAACACGGAGGACUUUUCUCCCUCACGCGUCCCAUGUAUCUAGUGCUUGAUUUGGACUACGUCAAAAAUAUUUUGGCGAAGGAUUUUCAGUACUUUCUUAAUCGUGGAUUCUAUUACAAUGAAAAAGAUGAUCCCCUAAGUGCCCACCUCUUCGCCAUAGGUGGACAAAAAUGGAGAAACUUGAGGACCAAACUAACACCAACUUUCACGUCUGGGAAGAUGAAGAUGAUGUUUCAAACGCUGGUAGACACUGUACCGAAUCUUAUAAAAACAAUUGAGUCAGAUUGUGCUUCACAAACACCUAUUGACAUCAAAGAAGUUCUAGGAUGUUUUACUACCGAUGUUAUUGGUUCUUGUGCUUUUGGUUUGGAUUGUAACACGUUUAAAGAAGAGAAUUCGCCGUUCAGAGAAUAUGGCCGUAAAGCUCUGCUUAUGUCGCCAUUACUAAUGUUAAAAUUAAUAUUUGGUAUGCGUUUUCCUAACGUGGCUAAAAGUUUAGGAGUAACGACAGUACCUAAAAAUGUGUCAGCUUUUUUCAUGAAAGUAGUCAAAGAUACGAUCGACUACAGAGAAGCGAACAAAGUCACUCGUAAAGAUUUCAUGCAGAUACUUAUAGACUUAAAAAAUCAAACCAGUGAUGCUUUAACAGCUGAAGAAGUCGCAGCUCAGUGUUACGUAUUCUUUUUAGCUGGCUUUGAAACAUCUUCCACUGUUAUGACUUUUACACUUUACGAAUUAGCACGAAAUCCCCAUUUACAAGAAAAAUUGAGACAUGAAAUUAACACCGUUUUGGAAAAACAUGAUACCAAAAUCACGUAUGAAGCUAUUCAAGAGAUGAAAUAUAUGGAGCAAGUGAUUAACGAAGCUUUAAGAAUGUACCCUCCACUUUCCCUUCUUAACAGAAAAUGCCUCAAAGACUAUAAAGUUCCUGAUGAAGAUGUUAUUAUCGAAGAAGGUAUGUCUGUUACAAUAUCGGUCCUGGCCAUACACUACGACAGGGAGUACUACCCGGAGCCUGAGAAAUUCGAUCCUGAACGAUUCAGUGAAGAAAACAAGAAAUCGAGACAUCCCUAUGCUCAUAUUCCUUUUGGUGAAGGUCCUAGAAAUUGUAUAGGUAUGCGGUUUGGUUUGAUGCAAACCAAGGUUGGGUUAGCAACUCUGUUAAGACACUAUAAGUUUACGGUUAACGAGAAAACUCUGGAACCGUUGAAAAUGAAAGUAAACACGAUUAUAACUUCUGCGGAAGGUGAAAUUUGGUUGAGUGCUGAGAAAAUAUAAAUUUCUGAAGAAAUACGAAAUACUGAAGGGAACAAUAUUAUUUACAACUGUAUUUUCUACAUGUUGUUGAUACAUAAACUUUGAGAGUGAUAAGUUUAAUGAGCAUUAGCUUAUCUUUAUAGUAUAUAAAGCUGUUAUAAGUAAGUACUAAAAAUUUCUCAGACGGAAGCUUUAAAUACAAUUGAAACAGAUAUUUUUGUAAAAGGGGAUUAUAAUGCUAGUUGCAUUA